AUGGGGUUAGAUAAAGAGCACAGUGGUAUGCUGGAUAUUAACAUGGAGAAAGUGCGGACGAUUCUAACCCAUACAUACCCUUACCCUCAUGAACAUUCACGCCAUGCCAUCAUUGCAGUUGUUAUUGGUUGUCUGUUUUUUAUAUCAUCAGACAACAUGCAUACACUCAUUCAAAAGCUAGACAACAACAUCAAAUGGUGGUCAAUGUACGCGUGUUUACUCGGGUUUUUCUAUUUCUUUUCAUCUCCAUUUGUAGGAAAAACAAUUAAACCAAGCUACUCGAAUUUCAGUCGAUGGUAUAUAGGAUGGAUAUUAGUGGCAGCUGUAUACCAUCUUCCAAGUUUUCAGUCAAUGGGAGUGGAUAUGAGGAUGAAUCUUUCCUUGUUUUUGACUAUAUACAUUUCAUCUAUUUUUGUACUCCUUGUUUUUCAUUUAGUUUUUUUGGGCCUUUGGUAUCUUGGUCUUGUUUCUCGUUUGGCUGGGAGGAGACCCGAGAUCUUAACCAUUGUUCAAAAUUGUGCGGUGUUAAGUGUGGCAUGUUGUGUGUUUUAUAGCCACUGUGGCAAUCACGCAUUGAAUGAAAAACGAUUAGGAAGAAGAGAUUCCGGACUUUUUUCACUUUGGAAGAAAGGAGAAACAAGCAUAUGGCUCUCAAAAUUCCUUAAAAUUUACGAAUUCAAAGAUGAAAUAUGCAAAUCAUGGUUUGCUCCUGUGGGGUCCGCACGUGAUUAUCCACUUCUCUCUAAGUGGGUCAUAUAUGGAGAAUUUUCUUGUAGUGGCCCAUGUGAGUCAUCCGAUGAAAUUUCCCCUAUUUAUUCAUUAUGGGCAACGUUUAUUGGACUUUACAUGGCUAAUUAUGUGGUGGAAAGAUCAACUGGAUGGGCUCUUACUCAUCCAUUGUCUGUAGAACAAACCGAGAAGCUGAAAGAUGAGCAGAUGAAGCCUAAUUUUUUGGAUAUGGUUCCUUGGUAUUCAGGAACAUCAGCUGAUUUGUUCAAGACUGUGUUUGACCUUCUUGUAUCCGUGACUGUAUUUGUUGGAAGAUUUGAUAUGAGAAUGAUGCAAGCAGCUAUGAGUAGGGUCCACGAAGGGGCAAAAGAGGAUUUUCUAUAUGAUCAUCUUAGUGAAAAAGAUCAUUUAUGGUUUGAUUUCAUGGCUGAUACUGGUGAUGGUGGAAACUCAUCUUAUUCUGUUGCUAGACUUCUUGCUCAACCUUCACUUUAUGCCUUCAAUGAUGAAUCCCUACAAUCAUUACCUCGUGGGGACCUCCUUCUUAUUGGAGGCGAUCUCGCGUACCCUAAUCCCUCAGCGUUCACUUACGAAAAACGGUUUUUUCGUCCUUUUGAGUAUGCUCUUCAACCACCUUCGUGGUAUAAAGAUGAGCAUAUAGCGGUUGAUAAACCGGAAUUACCAUUUGGUGUGUCUGAACUCAAACGUUAUGAUGGGCCCCAAUGCUUUGUUAUCCCUGGGAACCAUGAUUGGUUUGACGGGCUUCAAACUUUCAUGAGGUACAUUUGUCACAAAAGCUGGUUAGGUGGAUGGUUAAUGCCACAAAAGAAAAGUUACUUUGCAUUACAAUUACCAAAAGGGUGGUGGGUUUUUGGUCUUGAUUUAGCUCUUCAUUGUGAUGUCGAUGUUUAUCAAUUCAAAUUCUUCGCCGAGUUAAUAAAAGAAAAGGUUAGAGAAACGGAUUCGGUGAUUAUUAUGACACACGAACCGAAUUGGAUCUUGGAUUGGUAUUGGGAUGAUGUGACUGGAAAAAACGUGUCACAUCUUGUGAAAGAUCAUUUAAAAGGAAGGUGUAGACUUAGAAUGGCGGGUGAUUUACAUCAUUACAUGCGUCAUUCGCGGGUCCCAUCUGAAACACAUGACUCUGUGCAACAUCUACUUGUUAAUGGUUGUGGUGGGGCCUUUUUGCAUCCCACACAUGUUUUUAGUAAUUUUGAUAAAGCUUAUGGUGCAACUUAUGAAAUGAAAGCCGCAUAUCCAUCUGUUGAAGAUUCAAGUAGGAUUGCUCUUGGUAAUAUCUUGAAGUUUCGCAAGAAGAAUUGGCAGUUUGAUUUCAUUGGGGGAUUUAUUUAUUUCAUAUUGACCUUUUCGAUGUUCCCACAAUGUAAUCUUGGCCAUAUUUUACAUAAAGAUGAUACUUUUUCGGGGCAUGUGAAGAACUUUUUUAGCACAGUGUGGGAUGCUUUUAUGUACAUGCUUGGGCAAUCGUAUGUAUCUUCUACGGGUGCUUUGUUGCUAUUAGUGGCUGCAAUAUCAUUUGUUCCUUCAAAAGUGUCGCGAAAAAGAAGAGUAGCAAUUGGAGUUCUUCACGUUUCUGCUCAUCUUUCAGCUGCUUUGAUUCUUAUGUUACUAAUGGAAUUAGGCGUUGAAAUAUGCGUACAACACAAACUUUUGGCAACUUCAGGGUAUCAUACGUUAUACGAAUGGUACAAAUCGGUGGAAAGUGAGCAUUUUCCGGACCCCACAGGGCUUCGGACACGUAUCGAGCAAUGGACUUUCGGGCUUUAUCCGGCUUGCAUUAAGUAUCUCAUGUCAGCUUUUGAUGUUCCCGAGGUGAUGGCGGUGACACGGACGAAUAUAUGCAAGAACGGGUUAAAUUCACUCUCGCGAGUAUUUGGAAGCUAUUUGUAUAUUUGUAUCAAUUGGCUCCAAUUACACUUUGAUGAAGCUUUUUCUUCCUUGCGGAUUGCUAAUUACAAAUCCUUCACACGCUUCCACAUCAAGGAGGAUGGCGAUCUUGAAGUCUUCACUCUUGCAGUUGAUAAGGUUCCGAAGGAAUGGAAGCUAGAUCCUGAGUGGGAUAAUGAGGUGAGACAACCACAAAUGGCUAGUCACAAUCGGAAGUAUCCGAGCAAAUGGAGGGCGAAUGCUUUUCAUCAAGACCCCAUAAAUACUGUUAGAAUUGUUGAUCAAUUUGAAAUUCAACCAACAUAUAAAUUGCAAGUGGCAGCAGUAAAUGGGUCCAUGUCUCAUUGAAUGUAGCUUUAAAUUCAAUGGAUUUGUUUAAGAAAUCGUGUUUCAUUUAGAUAUGGAAUACAGUUAUUAGUUGUAGAACUCUAAAUGUAUGAUGCAAUGUUGCCUCCAUGUUAUAGUGUAGUGUAGAU